AGCCUUCCUCUUUCGCAGGAGCCGAAAUAGCUCUGCUUCGCUUAUUACAACACCGACCUGAAUAAAAACCCGCGUUUCCCAAUCGUCCUUACCCCUUUUUAUUAAUUCCAUUCAAUUUUAAUCCCGAAAUUCAAUUCUUUUCAUUUAUUUUCUGAAGUGAUGGAGAAUUUGAUUACUGAAGUUCAAGUUGGAUUGGCUGGCGGCUCUUCGGAUCCUGGAGUGGGAUGCUCUUCUGGUUUUCAAAGAAGGAUCGAGUUUCACCCGGCCAGAAAAGUCUACACUGGGCUUAGUAAUGGUGAUGAGAAUGGGGAUUUUAAAUUGGAAACGCUGAAUCCUAGUGGGUUGGAGCAGAAAAAAGCUGGGAUGGGUCAAGGACAGGGUACGAGUGGUGGGUCGGGGAAGCAAGUUGAUAGGUCGGAGUCUUUCGAUUGUGUGUUGGAUCCUGAGCUGAGUUUUGGGAUGACUUUUCGGAGAAUUGGUGCUGGUCUUGAAAAUCUUGGGAAUACUUGUUUUCUCAAUUCGGUUUUGCAGUGUCUGACUUAUACAGAGCCUUUAGCAGCAUACUUGCAGAGUGGCAAGCAUCAAAAUUCUUGUCGCAUUUCUGGGUUUUGUGCCUUGUGUGCCAUUCAGAAACAUGUUAGCCGUGCACUACAAGCCCCUGGGAGAAUACUAGCACCAAAGGAUCUUGUUGUAAACUUGCGAUGCAUAUCUCGAAACUUUAGAAAUUCAAGACAGGAGGAUGCACAUGAGUACAUGGUUAACUUGCUGGAAUCAAUGCAUAAGUGUUGCUUACCUUCAGGAGUGCCAAGUGAAUCCCCUAGUGCUUAUGAGAAGAGUUUGGUACACAAGAUCUUUGGUGGUCGUUUACGUAGUCAGGUCAAAUGCAUGCAAUGUUCUUACUGCUCCAACAAAUUUGAUCCGUUCCUAGAUUUAAGCCUUGAAAUACAUAAGGCGGAUUCUGUACAUAAAGCCCUUACAAACUUCACUGCUGCGGAACUGUUAGAUGGAGGGGAGAGGCAGUACCAGUGCCAACGAUGCAAGCAGAAAGUUAGGGCUCUCAAGCAGCUCACAGUGCACAAAGCACCUUACGUGCUUACCGUCCAUCUAAAACGUUUCCGUUCACAUGAUCCAGGACAAAAGAUUGAUAAGAAAGUUCAGUUUGGUCCUACAUUAGACAUGAAAUCUUUUGUCAGUGGUUCCUAUGAAGGAGAUUUGAAGUACACUCUUUAUGGAGUUCUGGUACAUCAUGGUUGGAGUACACAUUCUGGACACUAUUAUUGCUUUGUUCGUACAUCAAGUGGCAUGUGGUACUCCCUUGAUGACAAUCGGGUUGUCCAAGUUAAUGAGAGGUCUGUUUUAGAGCAGAAGGCUUACAUGCUGUUUUAUGUUCGUGAUAGAAGAAAUGCUGCUCCAAAAAAGCCCAUUGAUGUUCAGAAAGAUAACUUGAAAGCCAAUGUCAGGGGAAGUAAACCAUCUCCAAUUUUGAGCCAACAGUCAAAUGAACACCUUCAAAGCUCUCGACUUGAGAAUGGAGUAUGUGGUGCAGACUCUUCUGUUGUACAAAAGAAUGCUGCAAAUGGUGGUCUUUCAAGGGAGGCUCAUAUGAAGGAAACAUCCACUCAGCCAGGGAGGAUACUUGUACAGAUAUCAGUCCCUAGGAAAGACCCCUCACUGGAACCUUCUUCUAGUGCACCAUUUCUGAAAGAUCGGCCAGAAGGGUUGUCUGUUCCAAAUCCAGGUCAAGGAAAAAGCUUGCAGCCAUCAGCUUCAUCUUUGGGUCACAAUGGAGGCAUUCCCAAUAUUGAAAAUAACACUACUACUGAUACCAGCAAAAAUAACUCCAAAGAUAAAGAAUCUUCUAAGAAUAAUUUGGAGGUCUCAGUGACUGUAGUACCAACCUGCACUGAGCACCAAAACUCUGCCUCUAAUAAGAUUCUCACUACUGAGACCUCACAAAAGAUUAAUUUUGUUUCAAAUGCUAGAGCACCAAUUAAUACUCCUUCCCAAGAUUCCAGUGGUAAAUCACAGGAGCACAACUCAAAUAUGGCUCAAUCUGGGGGCUUCAGAGACAAAAUUUUACCGAAAUUGGAUACUAUAAAUUCAGCUAAGGAGCCAAGCUGUGAUAACACUCAGUUUGGAAAUAAGCUUGAUGAUAGUGUUGCUGGUAGUUCUGUGGAGGAAAAGGAUGGUGAUAAUAAUCAAACAACCUUGUCCAUGAUGGCAGAUGAACCUUUAUGCGCAAAAGCUCUUGAUAGUGUACCCCAAAGGAAACUGAAGAAGAAGCUUCUUAGGUGUAGGAUUAAUUCCAUGCCCAUUGGCUUAAAAUUUUUCAGGGCAACCUUAGGUUUACGCAAGAAAAAGAAGCACAAAAGGAGCAAACGCCGCACUGUAGAUCUCCAGAAUCUUAGCAAAGAGUCAUCAGACCUUGGGCCAUCAACAUCCGAGAAAUGUGGUGCCAGUUCCAGAAGUUCACAAAAGAAAGUACUUAAUGGAACUGUUAAAAAGAAUGGUAAAAUGGGUAAUGCUGAUUCUUUGGUGAAUGGUAUAGAUGGAGAAUUAACAGAGAGAAUUUGUCAGAAUGGUGCUGUGCUUGCAGCAGAUGAGCAGUUACAGAAGCCUUCUAACUCCAUGUUGGAAGUAAACCGACAGGAUGCAACAGAGCAUGAUAGUUCAAAAGAUAGGGAAAAAAAUGUACUGCAGGAAAGGAGUUCACUUACCCAAGGUCUAGAGGAGACCACAAUUGCACGUUGGGAUGGGAUUGAAUUGCAUCCUCCUACUGCAGAAUCCGCUGACAGUAAGAAUUUAAGCAUUGGUUAUGUUCUGGACGAUUGGGAUGAGGAAUAUGACUGUGGUAAAAGAAAGAAGCUAAGGAACCAAAAACACAGCUUCAGUGGACCAAAUCCAUUCCAAGAUAUUGCAACCAAGAGAACACAAUUGAAGAAGGCGAAGCUGAAUCACAUGAAUUCUGGAAACCGACCUUUCAGGAUAUGAAGAAACCAAUAUAUCUCCAUAGAGUGAUUAAUUUUGACCUGUGAGACUGUUAUAUGAUAUGAACUAAAUUUUUUCUGUGUUUUAGCAAAAAACCUGUAACCCAGAAACAUUCAAAACCAUACACCACCAUAUUAAGAAAGUUUUGACCUUCGUCUUUUCUGGGAUUUGUCUGUAUGAGGGAUUAGCUUCUUCUUUUUUAACCUAAUUCUUGUUUGUUGGUAAUGUAAGAACCAAAAGAGAGUAUAAGUUUCUGCAAAAUGUGAAAUCUGAAGAGCUAGGAGCCUUUUUUCUACCA